UGUCAGUCACGAUGGAAACAUUCUGGAGUGUUGGACCUUCCCCGUCCACGGUCCCCGACCAUGUUCUGUUUGAUGUUGCCUUAUGCAAUGCCCUCGUACUCUCCAAGUGGACAAACGGAGUCUCUUUGAGGCAUACUACAAUGACACCCCUCACGACGUCGCUCGUUUAGUGUAUUGUUGCCUAACACAUGCUGCUAGAGUCUCGAGACUCAGACAUUGCAUUGUCGUGUAUGGUCAAGCGUUUUUUCUGGUUAUGUUUACCUCUGUGUUGGACCCAUAACCUCUCUGUUGUGGUUUACAUGAAACCUUGAUCACCAUGUACUCUGUUUUGAAUGAUUUGUACCAAAUCACCAUGGCCUACGCCUACUGGAAAUCCGGGAAGAAGAAGGAUCAUGCUGUGUUUGAUCUCUUCUUCCGCCAAAAUCCUUUCCAGGGUGAAUUUACCAUUUUUGCUGGUCUGGAGGAAAGCUUGAAAUUUCUUGAAAAUUUCCAAUACUCUGAUAGUGACAUAAUAUAUCUUCGAGAGACAUUGCCUUCAAGCAUUGAACCAGAAUUCUUCGACUACCUCAAGAACCUUACUGCAAAUGAAGUCACAGUUUAUGCCAUUGAGGAAGGCUCGGUUGUUUUCCCCAGGGUUCCUCUCCUCCGAGUUGAAGGGCCACUUAUCAUUUGUCAAUUGCUGGAAACCACCCUUCUUACUCUGAUAAACUUUGCCAGCUUAAUGGCCACCAACGCAGCCAGGUACAGGAUAGCGGCUGGCAAGCAGGUUUCCCUUCUGGAGUUCGGCCUGCGCAGAGCACAGGGGCCCGACGGUGGGCUGUCGGCAUCGCGCUACGCAUAUGUCGGUGGUUUUGAUGGCACAAGCAAUGUACUGGCUGGAAAGCUAUUCAAUAUUCCUGUUCGGGGGACUCAUGCACAUUCCUACAUUACAUCUUUCACUGGGACAAAUGAUCUUCAUAUCAAGACACUGUGUCAUCGUGUGACACGGGAAGAGCACGAUAUGUUAUCUCUUUGUCAGCAAUGGCGGAUAGAACUUGCAAAACAUCUAGAAACUCUCACGGAGGAAGCAAGUGAUGGAGAGCUCGCUGCCUUGAUAGCUUUUGCUAUAGCUUUCCCCGAUGGAUUCAUGGUGCUAGUGGACACGUACGAUGUCAAGAGUGGUUCUGACGUUAAAUCUAAUGGUGGUUCGACUAAAUUUCAUGGGUCACGCAAUUCUGAGCAGCACAUGCAUUGGCCGCUCCAGAGGUAAUUGUUAUGUUCUUCUUUUUCUUCAUGUUUCCUUGUUAUUUUUUUACUGCAUUGUUUUAUGAAAUAUCCCUUGCAUCAAUUUUGAAAGUUGCUGAAAAGGUGAAAUUCCAUUUAAGUUUUUAUGAGAAGCAACUUACUUCCUUCUUUCUGUCUUUAGUUACAAUCGUUUUAUCUGGAUCGUUUUAAUGGAUACUUUUAACAAUGUCCCAUGCUGACUUUUAGCUUUGUCCUUUGCGUUAUCUCCAAGCUUGCUCCUAAAAUAAGGCUUUUAAGGAUAAUAUUGGAACAAAUGUAUCACAGUAAACUUCCCAAUAAAAGACAAAAAACAAACAAUCCAAAGAAUAAGAACCAAUCAGAUCUCUUUUUUCCCCCCUCUUACUUAUACAUUAUCAUCAAUCUUCAGAAACUUUCUUCUUAUGUUUUGUUGUAAAUUAGUGUAGAUGUAGUCCAUUCCAUUUUAUCCAUUCAACCUAAUUAGAUUUUAUUUGAUAUGGUUUUAUACUGCCCAUCUUCUUUUGGCUGGCCGCUCAGCUAUCUUGCAUCUCUUAAGCACUCAUUCAUUAUUCAUGACCCACGCUUCCAAUCAUGAAAUUUUGCCUAGUCUAAACAUUCUAAUACUCAUCUCAUGAAUUAUUCUCAUUUCCAAAUAUAUUUUGGGUGUUUGAAGUUUUAAAGUUGCUUCAGCCUAGAACUAUGUAGAUCGGCUGCUUUAGGCAAAUUGGGAAAUAAUUUGAUCUGAGGUUUCUUUCUCCUUUCUCUUCAUCCAUGAACUUCUGGUGGGCAACUAAAAUUCUUUCACAAACACAUCAUCAUCAUCUCCUGUGGGAAAAUCAUUUCUAAAUGUGUUUUCUCCAAUCUGAAUAUACUUUGGACUCAUCCAUUUUACCAUU